GUUGGGUAAAAUGUCUUAUGACGACAUAAGAAAGCAGCUGGACUUACUUCUUGGUCCAAAUAGAGACGGAGUCCAAAGAGAGGCACCACCUACGUCGUUUAAAGACCCCCGUGUUUGCAAAUACUACCUUUGCGGUGUAUGUCCGCACUUACUUUUCUCGAAUACCAAAGCAGACGUAGGACCCUGUGACAAGGUUCACGAUGAUAAUCUUAGGAAACAGUAUGAAGAUGCAAGAAGACAAGGAGAGCACUUUGGUUACGAAGAGGAGCUGGAGCGUUUUUGUAAAAAGCUUAUAUCAGACGUAGAUCGACGAAUUGAACGCGCCAUGAGACGACUGCAGGUACAGUAUGGUAUUGAAAACGAAAAAGCCACGGAUUUGUUGGCAUACUAUCCUGGACCUGGUAGAACUCUGUUGGGAGUUAUAGAUGAGGAAGGAAAGGAAGAUUUGGAAAAGGGUGUAGGAGGUAUGAUUGGACAGACCGAGCAUUACUAUUCUGAUCGAGAUGACGAGGCUGAAGACGAAGAACUAGAAUCUCGUUCUGGAGAACAAACAAGAAGCCGCACAAGUUUAUCGACAAAGGGAAUAAAAAUUUUGGCAGUUGACGGAAGCUCCAUAGAAAAUUCCUCUCAGACAGUUCCAUCGAAUGAACAACAUGACAGUAACCAGUCUGUGGAAAAGUUGGAAUCAACAGAAGUAUCGAAUAGAGACGUUCAACCAGGCAGUAAAGACAUAGACCCUGGCAAGAAACAUCAUUCUGAGUAUACAAACGAAGACGAAAGUUUAGAGCACGAAACGAAAGAAGUUGCAGAAUUGAAACAAGAUUCAACAACAAAUGUUUUGGGAAAGGAACAUUCUACUGCAUCGUCAAGUAGCCCUAUCUCAGAAGCGGCAGAAGUUUGGAAAGAAGCCAAAUCGCCCGAUGGUCGCUCAUAUUGGUAUAAUGUUGUUACAAGAGAGUCAAGAUGGCAGCCUCCUGUUGGCGUUAAGUUAGUGCCAAUAGCGUCUGUUCGCUCAACAACAUCUGAAGGCAGCCAUAAUACAGCCACCAAUGAUUCACUACUUUCAGGUGAUGUUUCUGCGAAUCAACAAAAACUAAGAGUUUGUGCAGAAUGUGGGGCAUUUCUGAGUAUUUUUGAUUCCUCACGCAGACUAGUUGAUCACUUCAACGGGAAAAUGCACAUGGGAUUUGUUACUUUGAGAAAGAAAGUGAAGGAACUUGAAGAAGACUGUCACCGUAUGAGAGUGAGUAAUAAUUCCAGAAAUUUUCGGACAAGUAGAAGAAGAGACGACUUUUCUUUGGAGCGUUCUGAUUUCCGUCAUAGCGAGAGUAGGCGAAAACGAAGUCACCAUUCUCGUUCGCCACAGCACCAUCAUAGCAAGCGCUAUAGAAGUCCAAGUUGUGGAAGCAGUGACGAAGAGAGAAUCCGAAGGAGCUCACAUUCUUAUCAUCAUUCACGCAGCUCAGGUUCGCACAGACAUCGUUAUCGUUGAGAUUAAAAGUUGGAUUGAUUUUCCUUUUCUUAUACUGAGUGAAGUGAAUCUUAUGAUGAGUAUUCUAUAGCUUAUUAUUUCAAUUGUAUGGAACACUUUCAUGAGUAGUAUUGCUAAAAAUAUAGAUUGGCACAAUAUUUGACAGAUAUAUCAUUCUAGAACUUGAUUUUCCUCUAAUAAACAGUCAACAAUAUUCCUUGUUCUCUUGUUUGCAAAGAAAUUUUGAUGGAUUUCC